AUGGUUGGAUGGCAUCAACGUCUCUGUCAUAUUAGUUUCCGUGACGUGCUCAAACUAGCAAAUACCGGUACCAUUCGCAUUACAGGCUCAAAGACUAUGCCGUUCUGUGAUACCGGAAAGCGAUGCAAACGCAGCAUUCCUUCCACUGCCGCUCAACGCGCUGUUAAGCCAUUAGCGCGAAUUCACAUAGACAUUGCCGGUGACGGCAGUUCACUUGGAUGUAGUGAUGAAGAUCCACCUGCCGAAAAAACAACUUCAACGCAGAACAAAUUUUUAAAUUUCUCGCCCAAACCACGUUCCUUUGAACUGAAAAUUCGCCCAGUUUCUCAUGACGACGACAGCUACCAAUUAAGCCUAUUUUUAUAGGAUUUCGAUCGCUAGUUGUCGUCGAAACCCAGGUGGCCGCCGCUGACGGUCUCCUGCAACAGGCCACAGAAAACUCUGCACAACCACAUCUUGGACCUUUACCACAAUACAAGC